GUCAUUAAUAGUGUGGCACUAGCAGCAUGUCAUUUGGUUUCUCCCAAGGGUCUCUGGCUGGUUGGUGGCUUUCUGCAUCUUGUUGGUUCUUUGCUUAGCGGUGACUCCCCUGCUGGUCAUUCAAUGGAGAAGAAUGAGAGAAACAAACACCAGAUAUGAUUCAAUAGAAUGGAGGAGAAUAUGCAGCUCAGCAGCUGAUGUCACUUUUGACCCUGAGACUGCAAAUCCACAUCUCAUUGUGUCUGAAGACGGGAAAGAAGUGAGAUACACAGACACACGACAGGGAGUGACAGACAAUCCAAAGAGGUUUGACUACUGGGUUAAUGUCCUGGCCAGAAGAGGAUUCACGUCAGGGAGACACUACUGGGAGGGGGAGGUCGGGGAAGACUAACUGGGCUUUAGGAGUCGCCAGAGAGUCGCCAACAGGAAGGGGAGAUUACAGUGACCCCAGAUAAUGGAUACUGGACUUUAGGGCUGAGGAAUGAGAGUGAGUAUGCAGCUGCAAUGACCGUCCUCUCCCUCCCCUGAGAGUGAAGCCCCUGACAGUGGGGGUCUUUCUGGACUAUGAUGGAGGUCAGGUCUCCUUUUACAAUGCCCAGUCCCGCCUCACCUCUACACCUUCACAGACUCCUUCACUGAGACCCUCUAUCCGCUCUUCCGUCCUGGUCUUAAUGACGGUGGUAAAACGCAGCCCCUCUGGUCAUCUGCCCCCUGCGCACACACUGACCCCUCUGUAUUAAUGUCGUCUGUCCAUCUCUGUGUCAGGUCAGACCAGCACAAAGCCGAUGGAGACUUUCUUUAACAUUCGACCACCAACUCCAAGCCCCUGAGGUGUCCUGCUGUUUGCUACUCGUCUGAUUUUCAUUUUCAGGAUUUCUGUGUUUAAUGAGACAUCAGGACUGAACACUUGAGAUUUUUAAAUGGCGUUGGAUCAAAGCGUCGGCUCCAUCAUCAAAUGUGAAUCUGAGGGUCUGAGAAUGAACAGAAAUCCUGAGUGCGCGUCUUUAAUUUGACAUUCAAAGAGGAAUUCAACAAAGAUGGUCGUGUUCUCCACAGCACUGGAUUGGUUUUCUUCA